CUGCCUCUAAAAGGAGUCUCUCUGGGAAGAGAGAGGAGGGGGACCCUGCCUCUAAAAUGAGUCUCUCUGGGAAGAGAGAGGAGGGGGGCCCUGCCUCUAAAAUGAGUCUCUCUGGGGAGAGAGAGGAGGGGGGCCCUGCCUCUAAAACGAGUCUCUCUGGGGAAGAUUACUCCAAAGCUAAGAGCCCAAUCAAGCAGGAGAGACCAGCCUCCCCUGUACCCGGCUGUGUGUCCAUGAAGAGUGACUGGUCUAUGGAUCCACCUAGAGACUUCAGAGAGGGAGACUUUUCUACUGAACAAAGAAACCAACAGGAGAGAUCAGAGUCAGAGAUUCUCAGUGGUCAGUCUUCCCAGAGUCAUCAAACAGACCUGGCCUCCAUAUUCAGUUUGCUUGAAGAGAAUUUUAUGACAUUUGUGAAGAACGAGCUGAAGAUGUUCAAGAGGAUUCUUAGUCCAGAACUCCCAGAAGGCUUUGAGAGUCAGAAGCAGGAUAAGGAAGUGGUGGAUGCUGAAGAUGAGAAGCAGGAGAGCAGUGCCAGAGAGGGGGCUCUGAAGAUCACACUGCACAUCCUGAGGAACAUGAACCAGAAGGAGCUUGCUGACACACUGGAGAAAUAUGAACUUGCUGUGAUUUGCCAACGUGAACUCAAAUCUAAUCUAAAGAAGAAGUUUGAAUGUGUAUUUGAGGGGAUCGCUAAACAAGGAAACCCAACACUUCUCAAUAAGAUCUACACAGAGCUCUACAUCACAGAGGGUGGAAAAGGAGAGGUCAAUAAUGAACAUGAGCUGAGACAGAUUGAGACAACAACCAGGAAACAAGCAAGGCCAGAGACUGCAAUCAAAUGUAACGACAUCUUCAAACCCUUAACUGGACAAGACAAACUUAUCAGAACUGUGCUGACAAAGGGGGUCGCUGGCAUUGGAAAAACAAUCUCUGUGCAGAAGUUCAUUCUGGACUGGGCUGAAGGAAAAGCAAAUCAGGAUGUCCAAUUUGUAUUUUCAUUCCCUUUUCGGGAGCUGAAUUUGAUGAAAGAGAAAAAACACACUUUGAUUGAACUUCUCAAUCACUUCUCAAUGGAAACCAAAGAAUCAACCAUCUCCAACUAUGACAAGUACAAAGUUCUGUUCAUCUUCGAUGGUCUGGAUGAGUGUCGACUGCCCCUAGACUUCCAAAAGAACAAGAUAUGUUGUGACGUCACAAAGUCAACCUCAGUGGAUGUUCUGCUGACAAAUCUCAUCAAGGGAAAUCUGCUUCCCUCUGCUCUCCUCUGGAUAACUACCCGACCUGCAGCAGCCAAUAAGAUCCCUUCAGGGUAUGUUGACCAGGUGACAGAGGUACGAGGUUUCAAUGACUCACAGAAGGAGGAGUACUUCAGGAAGAGAUUCAGGGAUCAGGAUCUGGCCAGCAGAAUCAUCUCACACAUAAAGACAUCAAGGAGCCUCCACAUCAUGUGCCACAUUCCAGUCUUCUGUUGGAUUUCUGCAAUAGUCCUUGAACCCAUGCUGAAACAUAAGAGAGAAGAGAUGCCCAAGACUCUGACUGAGAUGUACACACACCUUGUGGUAUUUCAUACCAAACAGAAGAAUGAAAAGUAUCUUGGGAAAGAAGAGACAGGUCCACACUGGAAUAAAGAGAGCAUUCUGUCAAUGGGAAAACUGGCUUUUCAACAGCUUGUGAAGGGCAAUCUAAUUUUCUGUGUAGAAGACCUGAAAGAGGCUGGCAUUGAUGUCAAUGAAGCCUCAGUGUACUCAGGAUUGUGCACACAGCUCUUUAAAGAGGAAUGUGGGCUGUUCCAGGACAAGGUGUACUGCUUCGUGCAUCUGAGCAUUCAGGACUUUCUGGCUGCUGUAUAUGUGUUCCUUUCAUUCAUCAAUAACAAUGAGAAUCUAAUGGCCAAACCGCAAUCAGUAUCAAGCAACUUUUUUGCACUGUUCAGAGACAAGCCUGAAGUUACUGUCUACAAGAGUGCUGUGGAUAAAGCCUUACAAAGUGAGAUGGGAAACCUGGACCUUUUCCUCCGCUUCCUUCUGGGCCUCUCACUGGAGUCCAAUCAGAAGCACUUACGAGGUCUACUGACAACGACAAGAAGCAGCUCACAGAGCCAUGAAGAAACAGUCAAGUACAUCAAGGAGAAGAUCAGGGAGAAUCCCUCCCCAGAGAGGUGCAUCAAUCUGUUCCACUGUCUGAAUGAACUGAAUGACCAUUCUCUAGUGGAGGAGAUCCAACGCUACCUGAGAUCAGGAAGUGUCUCAGACGCCAAACUGUCAUCUUCACAGUGGUCAGCUCUGGUCUUUGUGUUGCUGACUUCAGAAAAGGAGCUGGAUGUGUUUGACCUGAAGAAAUACUCCAGAUCAGAGGAAGGUCUUCUGAGGCUGCUGCCAGUGGUCAAAGCCUCCAGAGCUGCUCUGCUGUCAGGCUGUGGAGUCACAGAGGAAGGCUGUGCUGCUCUGGUCUCAGCUCUGAAGUCAAACGCCUCACACCUGAGAGAGCUGGAUCUGAGUAACAAUGACCUGAAGGAUUCAGGAGUGAAGCUGCUCUCUGCUGGACUGGGGAAUCCCCACUGUAAACUGGAGACUCUGAGGCUGUCAGGAUGUCUAGUCACAGAGAAAGGCUGUACUUCUCUGGUCUCAGCUCUGAAGUCAAACCCCUCACACCUGAGAGAGCUGGACCUGAGCUACAAUCACCCAGGAGACUCAGGAGUCAGACUGCUCUCUGCUAGACUGGAGGAUCCACACUGCAGACUGGAGAAACUCAAUGUGGAACAUGGUGGAGAGAACACAAUGAAGCCUGGGCUUAGAAAAUAUGCCUGUGAUCUCACACUGGACCCAAACACAGUAAACAGACACCUCUCUCUGUCUGAGGAGAACAGAAAGGUGACAUGUAGGAGAGAGGAGCAGCCGUAUCCUGAUCACCCAGAGAGAUUUCAGGACAGGGAACAGGUGCUGUGUAGAGAGGGUCUGACUGGGCGCUGUUACUGGGAGGUAGAGUGGAGUGGGAAAGGGGCUGAUAUAGGAGUGACAUAUAAAGGAAUCAGCAGGAGAGGAAGGGGUUAUGACUGUGUGAUUGGAUACAAUGACAAGUCCUGGAGUCUGGACUGCUAUGACAACAGUUACACUGCCUGGCAUAAUAAUAAUCCCACUACCAUAGACGUCCCCUCCUCCAGCUCCCACAGAGUAGGAGUGUAUCUGGACUGGCCAGCCGGCACUCUGUCCUUCUACAGAGUCUCCUCUGACACACUGACCCACCUGUACACAUUCUACACCACUUUCACUGAGCCCCUCUAUCCAGGGUUUUAUGUUUGGGAUGACUCCUCAGUGUCCCUGUGUCAAACACAACAUGAUGUUUCACUCUAAUCCUGGUCAUGUUCAGUAAGACACACUGGAGCAACAAUGUAGAAUAUCUCUCUAGUGUAUAAACAUAUGUUACAGACUUUCGUUUAUUUUUUCUAUAAUAUUUGAGGUUGGACAUUAGCAUGUUGGGCGCACCAAUUGGUGUCACCUCGUUAGUCAGUAUGUGUUACACCUGUGCUGGCUUGUCAUCUCGUUAGUCGGGUGAUGUUUCACCUGUGUGGCUGGCCCAGUGCUCCAGUUGGCUUGGAAGAUUUGGAGGGUCAACGUUUUUAGUUGGCGCUCCCCAUUUUGAUUUCUAGAAAACAAUCCUUUAUCUGAUCUUGCCUGUUUUAGAUUUGCUUCACUUUUUGGUUUGCUUCCUGUCUUUGGGAUUUUCUUUUGUUUACCUCUUCUUGGUGAAUUUAGUGGGUCUCAUGGUGGGUGUCUUUUAGGUUCCAGUUGUUGUUGCUAGUCAUCUUUCAGUGGACACCCCCAUGGCUGUUUUUCAGAACCCCUCCUAAAACCCCAUCUGUUUCCUUUUGGGUGCUGUCAGUGACUCUUUGUUAUUUCCCUCUUCUGUUUAAGCGACAAUUUUUGGUGUCUUGCUGGGUAACAUGACAAUGAUUAUAAAUAUUCAUCAAUAAACACCAUUGAGUUGACAGACAUUGUCAACUAGAGUCUUUCAUUAAUAUAAUGAAUCACAACACUGUGUUGUAAAAAC